AUGAGUUUCUCCGAUGAACAGUUACUUCUAUUUCUUGACAAAGUCACAGAUCUUUACCAACUUGUCAAGCUUGAUAUUAGAAAUUUGAAAGGUGCACAAACAGGAGCAUUACUGAAAAAGGUUUUAGCUGCUAACAAUAAUCGAUUGAAAUCCGUAUUAUUCGAUGAUGAUUCAAUGAAUUUUAUUUUGCCUUCGACUGAAAAUGGCGAAGUUGUUUCCUAUCGAAACAUCGAAGAGUUAGUGGUAAACAUAAAGACAGAUAAAACACUGGGAUAUCUAUUCACACUUGUACCACAUAUUAAUCGUUUACAUAUUAACAUUCAUCAAAUAUCAUCUGAUUCAAAGUUGAAAUUAGCGAAUGCGUUAUCUCUUGUUCAUUUAAAAGAUUUUCAGUUAUGUUCGAUGAAUGCACGCUGGUCAUUAGACGAAAUUGCUUAUAUUCUGAGUAAGAUGCCAUCUUUGCAACGAUUAGCAUUAAAUCUAUCUUCAAAAGAUGCACAUCUUGUUAAUGGACAGAAUUUCAUUAAAAUUCUACCUUCAUCACUUGUCGAGAUCCAUUUAUUCAUAAUGUAUUUCUUUUAUGGAUCACAUAUGGAAGUAAAUAAUUUACUUUCUACAUGGCCAACUCAUAUUCAAAUAACCUGUUUGCCAGAUAAACCAAAUGAAUAUGCAGUAAUUCAUACGAUUCCUUGCAGCUUGCCUUUAAUUGUGAUUCCUGGAACAUUAGCUAAUUCCAUGCUGGUUGGUUCAGAAUACACUCGACAGGUUAGAGAUUUGAGAAUUCGUGGCGAACAAAGUUUCACCGAUAUACAUUUGAUCGUGCAACACUUUCAUCGACUUCGAAAGCUUAAUAUUGGCUCAAUAAUCAAUUCUAAAGCACGUAUGCGAUUCUUCACAAGAAAUUUUUCUACCGAAAAUUUAGAUUUUAUAAGUCUCAUGCACUAUAAGCAAUGUAUACAGAGAUAA